UGGAAAGAGGAGCAAAGGCAAUUUGUGACAGAAUUGAGUGGAGAUGAUCCCAAGCUGAAAGCCAAAACAGAAUCUUCAUUUAAGUUCAUCAAGUGAUCUGGAAUUUUAUUCCAGCACCUAAUACAGGAUGUCUUCCAAGCGACCAGCCUCUCCGUAUGGGGAAGCAGAUGGAGAGGUAGCCAUGGUGACAAGCAGACAGAAAGUGGGAGAAGAGGAGAGUGACGGGCUCCCAGCCUUUCACCUUCCCUUGCAUGUGAGUUUUCCCAACAAGCCUCACUCUGAGGAAUUUCAGCCAGUUUCUCUGCUGACGCAAGAGAACUGUGGCCAUAGGACUCCCACUUCUCAGCACAACACAAUGGAAGUUGAUGGCAAUAAAGUGAUGUCUUCAUUUGCCCCGCACAACUCAUCUACCUCACCCUUGAAGGCAGAAGAAGGUGGGCGUCAGAGUGGAGAAUCAUUGUCCAGCACAGCCCUGGGAACCCCUGAAAGGCGCAAAGGGAGCCUAGCGGAUGUUGUAGACACCCUUAAGCAAAGAAAAAUGGAAGAGCUCAUCAAAAAUGAACCAGAAGAAACUCCCAGUAUUGAAAAGCUACUAUCAAAGGACUGGAAAGACAAGCUUCUUGCCAUGGGAUCAGGGAACUUUGGAGAAAUAAAAGGGACUCCAGAAAGCCUCGCUGAGAAAGAAAGGCAGCUCAUGGGUAUGAUCAAUCAGCUGACCAGUUUGCGAGAACAGCUGCUAGCAGCUCAUGAUGAACAGAAGAAACUGGCUGCCUCACAGAUCGAGAAGCAACGCCAGCAAAUGGAGCUGGCUAAGCAGCAACAAGAACAGAUUGCAAGACAACAGCAGCAACUCCUGCAGCAGCAACACAAAAUUAACCUUCUUCAGCAGCAGAUCCAGCAGGUCCAGGGUCAGCUGCCUCCAUUAAUGAUUCCCGUAUUCCCUCCAGACCAACGAACCCUAGCAGCAGCUGCUCAGCAAGGAUUCCUUCUUCCUCCUGGUUUCAGCUACAAAGCGGGAUGCAGUGACCCCUACCCCGUUCAGCUGAUCCCGACUACCAUGGCAGCUGCUGCCGCAGCAACACCAGGCCUAGGUCCGCUCCAACUGCAGCAGUUGUAUGCUGCCCAACUUGCUGCAAUGCAAGUAUCUCCAGGAGGCAAGAUACCUGGCAUAUCCCAGGGUAACCUCGGUGCUGCUGUAUCGCCUACCAGCAUCCACACAGACAAGAGCACAAACAGCCCUCCACCCAAAAGCAAGGAUGAAGUGGCCCAGCCUCUGAACCUUUCAGCCAAACCCAAGACAUCUGAUGGCAAGUCUCCUACGUCACCCACCUCUCCUCAUAUGCCAACUCUGAGAAUAAAUAGUGGGGCCAGUUCACUAAAAUCCUCUGUGCCAGCAACAUUAGCUAGUCCUUCAGCCAGAGCUAACACAAUAGAUAUCCUUUCUUCUAUCACGUCGUCAGGUUAUUUAAAUGACCAUGAUGCUGUUACCAAGGCAAUCCAGGAGGCUCGGCAGAUGAAGGAGCAACUUCGGAGGGAACAACAGGUGCUGGAUGGGAAGGUGGCUGUUGUGAAUAGUCUGGGUCUCAAUAACUGCAGGACAGAAAAGGACAAAACGACACUGGAGACCCUGACUCAGCAACUGGCAGUAAAACAGAGUGAAGACGGGAAGUUUAGCCACGCAAUGAUGGAUUUCAACAUGAGUGGAGAUUCUGAUGGAAGUGCAGGAGUUUCAGAAUCAAGAAUUUAUCGGGAAUCCAGAGGGCGUGGCAGUAAUGAGCCCCAUAUCAAGCGCCCAAUGAAUGCAUUCAUGGUGUGGGCUAAAGAUGAACGGAGGAAGAUCCUUCAAGCCUUCCCUGACAUGCACAACUCCAAUAUCAGCAAGAUACUAGGAUCUCGCUGGAAAGCUAUGACAAACCUAGAGAAGCAGCCAUACUACGAGGAACAGGCCCGACUCAGCAAACAGCACCUGGAGAAAUACCCAGACUACAAAUACAAGCCAAGGCCGAAGCGUACCUGCCUUGUAGAUGGCAAAAAACUACGCAUUGGCGAGUACAAGGCUAUCAUGCGCAACAGACGUCAGGAGAUGAGGCAGUAUUUUAAUGUUGGGCAACAAGCACAGAUUCCCAUUGCCACCGCAGGUGUCGUUUACCCAGGAGCCAUCGCCAUGGCAGGAAUGCCUUCCCCACACCUGCCCUCAGAGCACUCAAGUGUGUCCAGCAGCCCCGAGCCCGGGAUGCCCGUCAUCCAGAGCACUUACGGCAUCAAAGGUGAGGAGCCCCAUAUCAAGGAAGAGAUGCAGACCGAUGACGUCAAUGGAGAAAUCUAUGAUGAGUAUGAUGAGGAAGAGGAUGACCCCGAUGUGGACUAUGGCAGUGACAGUGAAAAUCACAUUGCGGGGCAAGCCAACUGAUCAGGGUCCAAAUAUCACAUGACCUGCAGGACUUCAAGGAGAAAAGAAAAAAUAAAUAAAGCCCCAUCUGGUUUAUCCUUACCAGUGGCCAAGCACAUUAACUUUCUCAUACACUGACUGUUACUUUAACUGUUAGUCUUAACUAGUUGGGACAUCAGCUGACUAAUAGACAUCAGCCUGCAUCAGAAGAAAAAAGGCUCAGAAGAAAGGAAACAAAGACAACGACAACAACAACAGAAUAAUAUAAGCUAUGGGUAAAAUAAUGCCAGUAAUUCAGCUGCUAUACCCAAGCACUGAAGUCUUACCCGUCGACCUUUUAUUAUUAUUAUUUUUUUUUCAAAUAAACUUUAUGGCUGUUUGUUCUA